GGACGACGAAAAAGGAGCGCAACUGCUCUUCUAAAUAGUUAGAUUAGAAAAAUAGUAGUAAAAAAUAACGUAAACUCACUUUUUUUUCAGCUAAUCGGUCUCUAUUUUGGGUCUGUUCCCUCUCUGCCCCUUUCACUUUCCCUCUAAAAACUCAUUUAACUCCCUUGUACGCGAUCAACAGGUAAGAAUGAGGCCGGCGAAAAAGGACGAAUCUGUGCCGCCGGAUGAUGAUCUCCGUUGCAUAAGAUCAGACGGCAAGAAAUGGAGGUGCAAAAGCUAUAAAGUCCAAGGUAAGUCCACGUGUGAAAAACAUGUAUCUUCUGCUAGCCGUAGUAAACCAGAGAAGAAACUGCGUAGAAAAUACAUUGCGCAAAGAGAUACCAGUGAUGAUGAAAGUUUGGUUAGAAAUGUGAAGACGGAUGAUUUAAAACCUGUGAAAAAAUCUCGUUUUCGUGAGACCAAAAUCAGGAGAAAUGGAGAGGGUUACGAGGAGAAUGAAGCUGUUGCUUCAUUGAGGAUGCUGAAAGACAGUACUAGAAUGAUGAUGACACCUGUAAAUGAAGAAGAUAGUUUAGUAAGGGGUAAGAGUGACAAGAACAAAUAUAUGUACAAUGAGGGUUUUCGGGUAAGGAAAAAACGUGGCAAUUCUAAUGAAUCAGAGGAGAAAGCUUGUUCUAACUUGAUCAAAUCUACUGAAAAGGAUAGAAUGAAAGGAAAGAAAAUGAUUUCACAAGAGGAAGAAGAACACGGGGAUGGUGAGAAGGUCAGUAGACUGGUUAAGAAAUGGGUUACGUGUGAGUUAAAGAAAUCAAGGUUAAAGGGGAAGAAGAGUAAGGAGAUUCAAAGUGAUCACGCGGAGAAGAAUGAUGCUACUUUUUAUGAUUCUAAGAGGAAACAUGCAGCCAAAUUACUCGAACCUAUUGCAAAAAGGGUUAAAAACGAGUCUUUACUUGGGAGAAAUGAUAGGAAAUUAACAGAGAAGAAACGAGUGGAAGUUGCUGAUGACCACACAAACCCAAAGGGCAAGAAGAAUGGGGAAGUGACUAAAAGAAGUGAUAAGGGUAAACACAAGAAGGUCGACACAAGAAGGAAGCAUUUCAGUACUGAUGACCCAUAUGAUGAUUGCCAGAUGUGCCAUCAGUGCAUGAAAAGUGAUCGAAAGGUUGUUCGGUGUAAAAACAGAUGCGGCAAACGCUAUUGUAGCCCAUGUAUUGCAAGAUGGUACCCUCAACUAUCAGAGGAAGCAAUUGCCGAGGAUUGUUGCCCAGUUUGUCGUGGGAACUGCAAUUGCAAAGAUUGUUUACGCAAAAAUAUUAUCCCUAAGGAUCCAAAAUAUUUAGGAAUACCACAGGAAAACAGCGAAAAAAUUCAUUGCUUGAAGUAUCUUGUGAAUGCACUUCAUCCAUUUUUGAAAACAUUUAUCCAUGAUCAAACCAUUGAAAAGGAGAUGGAGGCAAAAAUUAAAGGAGUGUCUUUAACACGGAUAACGAUACCAAAAGCUGCCAUUUGUAUGGAUGAGCGUGUUUAUUGCGAUAACUGCAACACCUCCAUUGUUGAUCUCCAUAGAAAUUGUCCGAUUUGUUCGUAUGAUCUCUGUCUGACCUGCUGUCGGGAAAUUCGAGAAGGUUGUUUUCUAGGAGAUUGUGCAGAUGAAGAUGGAAGGCUCCCUGCCUGGAGACCAACAGAGACUGGUGAUAUCCCUUGCCCACCAAAGAAAAGAGGUGGCUGUGGAAAUAACCGCCUGGUGCUUCAGUGUCUCUUUGGUGAAAAGCGGGUUCAACAGAUAAUGAGGGAAGUCGAAAACUUAGUCAAAGCAAAUUCAUCUGGCAGUGUGACCUGCUCUGUUAAGAAACAGUGCCCUUGUAACUCUAAAAAUAGAAGAAAAGCAGCUUCCAGACCAGAUUCUGAUGACAAUUAUUUGUUCUGCCCUUCAAGUGACAUAGAGGAUGGGCACCUGGAACACUUCCAGACACAUUGGAGAAUGGGAGAACCUGUCAUUGUAAGCAAUAUUCUUGAAUUAACAUCUGGAUUAAGCUGGGAACCAAUGGUGAUGUGGCGUGCGUUCCGUAAUAUAGCAAUCAAGGGGGGCUCAUCAGAUUUGGUGGUGACAGCAGUUGAUUGUCUUGAUUGGUGUGAGGUGGAUAUACAUAUUCAUCAAUUUUUUAAGGGUUAUAUUGAAGGUCGAAGGCACAAAGAUUUCUGGCCCAAAUUGCUUAAGCUUAAGAACUGGCCUCCAUCUAUGAAAUUCGAGAAGCGGUUGCCACGCCAUGGAGCAGAAUUCAUUAGAGCCUUGCCAUACAAAGAAUACACGCAUCCGCUUUCUGGUAUUCUUAAUGUUGCUUCCAAACUUCCAGAUGGUAUACUGAAGCCAGAUCUGGGUUCAAAAACAUAUAUAGCAUAUGGAUUUGCUGAAGAACUUGGGCAUGGAGAUUCUGUGACAAAGCUUCAUUGUGAUAUUUCUGAUGUGGUGAAUGUUUUAAUGCAUACUGCUGAUGUGACUUUUGCUAAGUGGCAGCUUUCAAAAAUUGAUAAGCGGAAGGAAGAAUACACUUCUCGUGAUCGAAUAGAGCUCCAUAUUACAGAUAGAGAUGACCAUCUAGUUCUUAAGAGUGAUUUUGCAUCUGCUAAACAAGAAAAUGCGAGUAACUGUUUUUCCCCUGACCGGAAUGUGCAAUUGGAGGGCAAUUUAUCUUCUGAUCAGGUGGCUGAUCUUGGAAACAAGUCUGACGGACCAGAGGAAGAAAAUGUUGGUGCUGUCUGGGAUAUCUUUAGGAGACAGGAUGUUCCCAAGCUCGAGGAAUAUCUUAAAGAGCACCACAAGGAAUUCAGGCAUACCCAUGAUUCUCCGGUGGACCAGGUUGUUCACCCAAUUCAUGAUCAAGUUUUCUACUUAACCGCGUAUCACAAGAAGAAACUCAAGCAAGAGUUUGGCAUUGAACCGUGGACAUUUGUACAAAAACUUGGAGAAGCAGUUUUCAUUCCUACUGGGUGUCCCCAUCAAGUUAGAAAUCUGAAGUCUUGUAUAAAGGUUGCUCUUGAUUUUGUCUCACCUGAAAAUGUGGGCGAGUGCAUUCGCUUGACUGAGGAAUUUCGUGUUCUUCCCCAAAAGCACAGGGCUAAAGAGGACAAAUUGGAGGUGAAGAAGAUGGCUUUAUAUGCACUGGAGAAGGCUGUAGCUGAUCUAAAGAACCUUGAAAUGAUAAAAUCUGCAGAUAGACUGUUGAGUAGUGAGCAGUCUUGUUCAAACUAAAGAGUGGGUGGAAUAGUUUCAUUCUGUCGUAAUGUACAUAUGCUUGUGAACCGCCUGACUAAUAUCUGGUGAUCAUGAAAAAAGUGCCGCAAAUGACUCCUGUGUAUCAUCUAAUCUUUACUGUCAUCAGCCAAAGCUUAAGACGCUAAGCACAUUAGCUCUGAUGCAUCUUACAGCUUCAACUUAAAAGCCACGUAGAGACUCGGAGUUUCACGGGGUAAUGUCUUCUUUUGAAACAUUUGCGGACCUGAUUUAGUGGGUUUGCCUUUUAAAUCCAUUGAUGUUUUGCCUUAACCCUCUCAUUUUGUAACCAAAAGAAACGCACUAUCAAGCUGUGCACACCCCUUCCAAUUGUUAAGUAAAUGCCAUUGGCAACUGCAUGAUUUCUAGUACAAGUUCACUGCUUGAAGAAAGUAUGCGUCUUUUCUCCUUCAUUUAUGAUAUAGUUCAGACUAUUCCCUUUGAUGCAAAGUGUUCUUAGGGAAGGUGAUCUUUCUUGGUCCUUUUUUCCC